UCGGUGCUGUUUACUUACUAUCUGUGUCGCCGUAUAUAAUCCCGAGUGUGAGCGCGGAGCCUCCUCAGAGGAUGGAGAAUGGAAAAGGAGGCGUAGGAAGCGAGCAUUUUUCAAGAACCAAGUUUUAAACGGAAUAAAACUGAGGAGUUUUUGGGAGAGACGUCACGGCGGCUUGUCGAAUGCUGGGGAGGAUGAUGAAACUAGCAUGAUUUUGACAACCACGACAUAAGCACUAUUUUCCCAACAAUUUUACUACUAUUAUUUGGCAACCAAAAGACAAUUUGGCUCUCCAGUGAUGGACUCUCAACACUGAGGCUGCCUCUUCGUCCGAGUCCCUCAUGGCCCUCGUUCAUGAACCACGUGCCCCUUCCCCAUCUCUCUCUGGCUUCAACACCCCCCUCUCUGACCCCCCGUCCUUCCGCCGGCUCGAUGCCGAAACACCUUGUACCCCUGAAAUGGACCUGACGCCGACCCAGUGCGUUCUUCGUAACGUCCUCUCCAUAGACACGGGGGGCACAGUGGAGCCAGGCGGUGGCAGUGGUGGAGGAAGAGGCGGGGACGGGCAGACGCCGGGGCAUAACCAGCCGACAGGCGAAGAACAACAGGAGCACUUUGCCAACAGUGUCCUCAAGCUCCACGACCAUGACGGCAGUCCCACAAGGACAGAGGGAGAGGGGACGGGGACGGACGCUGGCAACGCGGUCCGGAGCGAUGCGGACAACGCCAGACUGCAGUGCCAGUCUACUGGAGGGGGAGGAGGCUUUCUGGAGGGCUUGUUUGGCUGUCUGCGACCUGUCUGGACUAUGAUCGGGAAGGCGUACUCCACGGAACACAAGCAUGACUUGGACGAAGCAUGGGAAGUCCCUUUCGAGGAGAUAUCGGACCUGCAGUGGGUCGGCAGCGGGGCCCAGGGUGCCGUCUUUCUGGGCAAAUUGCACGGACAGGAAGUGGCCGUGAAGAAAGUGCGAAACAUAAAAGAGACAGACAUCAAGCACCUUCGCAAGCUCAAACACCCCAACAUCAUCACCUUCAAAGGUAUCUGCACCCAGGCUCCAUGCUACUGCAUCAUCAUGGAGUACUGUGCCCAGGGCCAGCUCUACGAGGUGCUGAGAGCGGGCAGGAAGAUCACCCCAUCGCUCCUGAUGGACUGGGCUAUGGGCGUCGCUGGCGGGAUGAAUUACCUUCACCUCCACAAAAUCAUCCACCGAGACCUUAAAUCACCAAAUAUUCUUAUCACCUACGAUGAUGCAGUGAAGAUCUCAGAUUUCGGCACGUCCAAGGAACUGAGCGACAAAAGCACCAAGAUGUCCUUUGCCGGUACGGUGGCCUGGAUGGCCCCUGAGGUCAUACGGAAUGAGCCUGUCUCAGAGAAGGUGGAUAUUUGGUCUUUUGGUGUUGUGCUGUGGGAAAUGCUGACAGGAGAGGUGCCCUACAAAGACGUGGACUCCUCGGCUAUCAUCUGGGGAGUGGGCAACAACAGCCUGCAGCUGCCCGUCCCUGACAGCUGUCCUGAUAGCUUCAAACUGCUCUUGAGGCAAUCCUGGAACUGCAAACCAAGAAACAGACCUUCCUUUAGACAGAUUCUCCUGCAUCUGGACAUUGCUUCAGCAGACAUCUUGUCCACCCCACAAGAAACGUACUUCCAGUCGCAGGCGGAGUGGAGGGACGAGGUCAGGCACCACUUUGAGAAGAUCAAGUCCGAGGGCACGUGUCUUCAUAGACUGGAUGAGGAGCUCAUCAAACGACGCAGGGAGGAACUGAGACAUGCCCUGGACAUCCGGGAGCACUACGAGAGGAAGUUGGAGAGAGCUAACAAUCUCUACAUGGAGCUCAACGCUAUCAUGCUGCAGCUGGAGAUCAAGGAGAAGGAGCUGCUCAAGAGAGAACAGUCGCUGGACAAGAAGUACCCAGGCUGCUUCAAGCACCACAGCUCCAGACAAUCAGCCUCCUCCAACUCCAUGGAGAAACUCAUGAAGAAACGCAACGUGCCUCAGAAGUUGCCAUCACACAGCAAGAGGCCGGACCUGCUGAAGUCAGAGGUCAUUCUCCCCAAACUGGACUCCUCCAUGACCCAGGUCACAAUACCCACCAAGGGCUCCACGUCCCCCGGCCGCUCCCGCCGAGGGAAACCUCGCUACAGGAAAGCGGGCAAAGGCAGCAGCGGUGACCUGGCUCAGCUGAAAGCCACCCUCUCUUCUUCUUUGGCCAUGAUCAGCGCCACCUCGUCUGUCCCCAGCAGCAAGCAGCGCCUCGACCCCAGUGCCGCCCUCAGAGGCCUGCAGCACGACCUGCUGCUCAAGAAGAUGUCCUCCUCAAGCCCUGAUCUCAUUACCACCACAUUGGAAGCCGAGGGCAGGAGGAAGGGGCAGAUGAGGCCCGGCCUGGACCGAGCGGGCAGUCAGAGCGCCUCAGCCGGCUUGGAAGAAGACACGGGGACCGCUGGGCUGAAGGCGGGACCGGAUGUGAGCGUAGGGACGGACGAAUUGGCGGAAACUCCUCCGCGCAGCGACACGCCCAGCGAAGAUGCCGCCUCAAUCCCAUUCUCCAGCAGCCCCGACUCUCCGUGCGGAAGGGGCGCGGCCGCGGGGAGGGCCUCAGUGACGGUGGGAAGCCCUCGUGUUCCUCAGGAUGGCGAGGAGAAGGAGGAAGGGAUGGUGAUUACACGUUCGCCUAGGAGUCAGCGCCUCACGCCUUCGGCAUUGCUGUACAGGGCGGCGGUCACUCGCAGCCAGAGACGUGGAGUGUCGUCAGAAGAAGAGGAAGGGGAGGUGGACAGUGAAGUGGAGCUGCCCAGAAGAUGGAGGCCCGUGAGCAUGAGCAAAUGCCAGUCGCUGUCCACGUUCAGCUCGGAGAACCUGUCCGUGUCGGAUGGCGAGGAGGGCAACACCACCGACCAUUCGCACAGCGGCACGCCCGACGUGGUCAGCACCAACACCGAUGAGCGCCUGGACGACAAGAGCGACGACCUGCUCUCCCAGGGCUCCGAGAUUCCUGCCGACCCAUCCGACCCGACCCAGCUGGCCUCGGACGGUUUGUCUGAAAAGGAAGCUGCCAUCCGCCACGUCAAGACCCAACUGGCCGGGCAUGAGCUCAACUACGAGGCUUUAUACGACGACUCAGACUGCGACAGCGCCGAGUUAGACCACUCAGGCAUCGCGGAGCCCAGCCAGACAUCAACGAACUGGUGAAAACAAACAUGCACUGACAAGUGGACGAGGUCAGUGAAUGCCUCGUGUACAGACGAAGUGAACAAUCUAUGUGAGCGGACAGAACAACUCAUCAGGUUUCCUUCCUCGAUAUGUGUGUGUGUGUGUCAUUUUGUAACUGUGUCAUGUGAUCAUUCUGAGAUCCAAUCAGGGCUUUUUUUUUUUUUAUUGUUAUGAUGGAAGAUUGAUUUUAGUGUCAUAGCCUGUGAAAACAAGAUGCACUUAUUUAUUGUGUUGCAGCAAAGAAUGUUUACAUUGUCGAUGUUUUGGCGUGAGAUUGUAUCAUUUCAAGGUGCUGACGUUUCUACAUGAAGCUUUUUGUGUGUUUUUUUAUUGUUAUUUAUUGCGAGAUGAAUGUAUAUUGGUGCGGAGGAAGGAAGAAAGGAAGGAAGGAAGUAAGGGAGGGAGGGAGCUACGUGAAACAAACAAGAAGCAAUAUAUCCGUUUGUGUCCUGUCACUCACUGUUUGCAGCCUCGCAUUGAAAUGAAAUGUUUUUCAUAAGCAAGCUGGUGUAUAUAAGUCUUGUUUUUUUUUUAUUUAUGAAAGAGCAUGCUUGUGGAAAUAUUGUAUAUGCUAUUGAAUAUUUUAUGGUUGAGUCGCAACCCACUGAGGGACCGUUAACA